AUGAAAGCACGUUUUUCAGUGGUUGAGACCCACGUUUCCUAGUUGAAAAAUAACAUAUUGUUUACUAUUAUUUACAAAUUACACAACUAGACACAAAAACGUAAAUUAACAUAAGAUGGCGUCGGUUGCAGAGCUUCAAGCGAGAGUAAAAGAACUUGAGAAACAACUAAAAGAUGAACAAGACAAGAAUAAAGCGGCGAGUAACGUCGUAGCCAGACAGAAAAUAAGUCAAAUGAGUUCAGAAGUUGUCGACUCUAAUCCAUACAGUCGAUUGAUGGCCUUAAAGCGAAUGGGCAUUGUGGACAAUUAUGAGAGAAUCCGUGACUGCUCCAUUGCCGUUGUUGGAGUUGGUGGAGUUGGAAGCGUGACAGCGGAGAUGUUGACACGGUGUGGAAUAGGAAAGCUGCUGCUGUUUGAUUACGACAAAGUGGAACUGGCCAAUAUGAAUCGGCUUUUCUACCAGCCACAUCAGUCGGGCAUGAGCAAAGUCGAGGCGGCUGAAAAAACUCUAAGGGAAAUCAACCCAGAUGUUCAAUUUGAGGUUUAUAACUAUAACAUUACAACAAUGGACAACUUCCAAGAUUUCAUGCAGAGAAUAAGUAACGGUAACUUGAAGGGAGACGGUCCAGUGGAUCUUGUUCUCAGCUGUGUAGAUAACUUUGAAGCUAGAAUGGCUAUUAAUACGGCGUGUAAUGAAAUGCAACAAAUGUGGAUCGAGUCGGGUGUGAGUGAAAAUGCUGUCUCAGGUCAUAUACAGGUCAUCAUUCCGGGCCAGACGUCGUGCUUUGCUUGUGCCCCUCCGCUGGUUGUUGCGACACAUACGGAUGAGAAGACUCUAAAACGGGAGGGAGUGUGUGCCGCCAGUCUUCCUACCACCAUGGCGAUUGUAGCUGGCUUCCUGGUGCAAAACGCCUUAAAAUAUUUACUACAGUUUGGUGAUGUCACAUAUUACCUGGGCUACAAUGCACUGCAGGAUUUCUUCCCCACCAUGAUUCUCAAACCUAACCCACAGUGUGAGGAAAACUUCUGUAGGAAGCGGCAGAAAGAAUACCAAGCAAAGGAAGCAGCCAAACCCAAGGUUGAGAUCAUUGUGGAAAAAGAGAAAGUUAUUGAACAUGAAGAAAACGACUGGGGUAUUGAGCUGGUAUCGGAAACGACCACAGAAGAGCUGAAGGAGGCGGAGGGAGAUAAGCCCGUACUGACAGAAGGCGUACAUCUGGCGUACACGAAACCCAAGUUAAAAAAGAAUGAGGAGAAUGUAGAUACCGUUGACAGUUCAGGGAAGACAUUGGAAGAACUCAUGCUUGAAAUGCAGAAAAUGUAGUGUAGAAGAUAUCAAUAUGGAUGCUCAUUUCAGCUAAUGAAAACAGCCAUACUACCACCAAGGAUGCUCAUUUAAGCCAAUCAAAACAGCUGUUUUCCAUCAAGGAUGCUCAUUUAAGCCAAUCAAAACCAGUUUACCAUCCAGCAUACUCAUUUAAGUCAAUUAAAACAGUUGUAUUCCAAUAUGGAUGUUUAUUUAAGCCAAUCAGAAUGGCCUGAGCAGGAUUUUUGGGGAAAUAGAUCAUGUGUGUGUGUGCAGUGGGGGGGGUGUUUCGAAACCCACCCUUCCCUGGUUGAGCAAAUUCUCUUCUUUUUUCCCUCCCCAAUAUAUACAAUGUCUAAAAACGGGACUUUGAAGUUUUGGGGAGGUGGUGGACCCACUUAGCUCCCUCCCCCUGAAUCCACACCUCUACCAACAUGGAUGCUCAUUUGAGCUAAUGAAAACAGGAAUGUGGGUGCAUCUUUGAACCAGUCAGGACUGUUUGAUAACUAAACAGGUUGUUUUGAACCAGUCAGGACUGUUAGAUAACUAAACACGGUGCAUUUAGAAAAAAAACCCCAGAAUUUAAUUUCUAAAAGAGGUGGCCUUUAUGUUUAAAAAAAACCGUGUCUUUUGUUUUAACGACACCAGUAGAGCACAUUGAUUUAUCAAUUAUUGGCUGUUGGAUCUCAAACAUUUGGUAAUUCUGACAAAUAG